AUGACACCACCGCUUCGUUUCAACAGUUCAUCUCCAUUUGGCAAAUUAACCACUAAUCCGAUUGAAGAAGUGGAAAAGAAACAGCAAAAGGACGGAGCUAGUGAAAUAGCCAGAAACGAAGAAGGUGAAGUUGACAUAAGCUCAAUCACUCCACAGAAUGAUGAACAGUUGAUUGAAUAUUACAAGAACAAACAACAACAAACUAGUGCCAAACACCAACCUAAAUUGGAAGAUUUGGUCCAUCCUUUGAAAAUCAAACUCUUUAAUCAAAAUGUAUCACAGCAUGGAUUUUUCAAGAAUGAUCAAGUGGUUCGCCAUGAAGGUAAAACUUACAAGUUCCACUUGACCCCUGAAGAAAUUGAACUUUUGGAACCAUCAAUCUAUCUUCAAUCAUAUCGUAUCAAGUCGUCUAUGAAGAAAGCAACAGUAGUAAACAGGUUUGUGCGUGGGUACGACUUGAAAACCGCCAUUAAUCAAUUACAUUUCAACCCAAAGAAGAUGGCUACUGAAUUGGAAAAGUUAUUGAAACGAGGUUUGUCCAAGCUGCAAGAAUUGGGAUAUGAUGAGAAUGCAAUGUACAUUGCUAGAUUGUGGACUGGUAGUGAUGGAGAAUGGAGGAAAAGAUUGGAUAUUAAGGGGAGAGGUAGACAUGGUGUGAUUCGUCACCGGUAUAUCCAUUUAAAGUGUGUUUUGAAAACGGGUCAGACUAAGCAGCGAUUGCAGUGGGAGAAGCAACAACGUGAGAUAGAGAGUAAGCCUAAAAUGUAUUUGAAUAACGAGCCUUUGAAUAUAAAGGUGAGACCGUGGUAUAAGUGGUAG